AUGGCAGCAGGGAGAGGGAGGAGAAGGGGGGGGUGGGUAGGGGCUGUGCAUGGGGCCGCAGAUGCGCGUGCAGAGGGCAGCAGGGCGCACGGGCCGCACAGGGCAGCAGGGAAGAAGGGCGCGCGGGGCGCGCAGGACAACAGGGCGCGCGUGGAGCGCAGUGCUGCAAGGCGCGCGGGGCGCACAUGGCAGCAGGGCAGCAGGGCACGCAAGGCGCACAAGGCCGCAGGGCGCGGGGCGCGCAGGACAGCAGGGCGUGCGUGGCGCGCAGGGCUGCAGGGCGCGCGGGGCGCGCAGGGCAGCAGGACAGCAGGGCGCGCGGGGCGCGCAGGACAGCAGGGCGCGCGGGGCGUGCAGGGCUGCAGGGCGCACGGGGCGCACAGGGCAGCAGGGCAGCAGGGCGCGCGGGGCGCACAAGGCUGCAGGACAGCAGGGCGCGCGGGGCGCACAGGGCUGCAGGGCGCGCGGGACGUACAGGGAAGCAGGGCAGCAGGGCACGCGGGGCGCACAGGGCUGCAGGGCACGCGGGGCGAACAGGGCUGCAGGGCAGCAGGGCGCGCGGGGCGCACAGGGCUGCAGGGCACGCGGGGCGCGCAGGACAGCAGGGUGCGCGUGGCGCGCAGGGCUGCAGGGCGCGCAGGGCGCACAAGGCAGCAGGACAGCAGGGCGCGCGGGGCGCGCUGGGCUGCAGGGCGCACGGGGCGCACAGGGCAGCAGGGCACGCGGGGCGCACAGGGCUGUAGGGCAGCAGGGCGCGCGGGGCGAACAGGGCUGCAGGGCAGCAGGGCGUGCGGGGCGCACAGGGCUGCAGGGCGCGUGGGGCGCGCAGGACAGCAGGGCGCACGUGGCGCGCAGGGCUGCAGGGCGCGCAGGGCACGCAAGGCAGCAGGACAGCAGGGCGCGUGGGGCGCGCAGGGCUGCAGGGCGCACGGGGCACACAGGGCAGCAGGGCACGCGGGGCGCACAGGGCUGCAGGGCAGCAAGGCGCGCGGGGCGCACAGGGCUGCAGCGCGCGUGGGGCGCGCAGGACAGCAGGGCGCGCGUGGCACGCAGGGCUGCAGGGCGCGCACGGCAGCAGGACAGCAGGGUGCGCGGGGCGCACAGGGCAGCAGGGCAGCAGGGCAGCAAGGCAGCAGGGCGCGCGGGGCGCACAGGGCUGCAGAUCCCCUCCCUCCACUGCUGCACCCGUAG